AUGUCCGUCUUUAUUUCCGGUGCAACAGGUUUUGUUGCUCAACAUAUCAUUAAUCAAUUGCUAGAACAGAAUUUUAAAGUUAUUGGCUCCGUCAGGUCCCAAGCCAAAGCUGAUAAACUGUUAAGACAAUUCAAUUCAAAUAAAAACCUAUCGUUAGAGGUUGUUGAAGAUAUUUCCAAUUUAGCUGCGUUCGAUGAAGUAUUUUCCAAACAUGGAAAAGAAAUUAAAUAUGUCCUACAUACUUCAUCUCCCUUCUUUACUGAAUGUGACGAUUACGAAAAGGACUUGUUAAUCCCAGCCUUAAAUGGUACGAAGGGUAUUCUGAACUCCAUAUUGAAAUAUGCUGCCGAUAACGUCGAGCGUGUAGUCAUCACAUCAAGUAUUGCUGCUAUGUUCGAUUUUACAAGAGAUUUGGAUCCAUCUUAUUUUUACGACGAGAAUAGUUGGAAUCCAGAUUCAUACCAAGAAGCUCUAACUGACGGUGGUCAUGCCUAUAACGGCUCCAAAAAGUUUGCUGAAAGAUACGCUUGGAAUUUUGUUCAAGAGCAUAAAAAUGAGAUUAAAUUCAAGCUAACCACCGUUAAUCCUUGUUAUGUUUUUGGCCCACAGCUUUUUGAUGAAAAUGUUACCGCCAAAUUGAAUACAUCAUGUGAGCUAAUUAACAAGUUACUGCACUUGUCUGCUGGAGAUGCAGUGGAUAAUUUUUUUGUGGGGAAUUUUGUCGACGUUCGUGAUGUUGCCAAGGCACAUUUGUUGGGCUUCGAAAACCAAAAUUUGGUAGAUAAAAGACUGUUAUUAAUUUCUAGUAGGUUCAAUGCGCAAGAUAUUCUUGAUAUUAUGAACGAAGAUUUUAAAACUCUAGAAGGGCAACUUCCAGCCGGUGUUCCUCAUACUGGUGCCUUACACCAGUGGAAAGGUGCUAUUGCUGAUAAUUCCAAGACAAAAGAAUUAUUAGGCUUCGAAUUUAUUCCGUUGAAAAAAACUAUUGACGAUAUGGUCACACAAAUUUUGAGAAAGGAGAAGAGAUUAUAA